AUGCCCGGUCGGAGGGCUACCAGCUCGGAGAGACGCAAUCCAUGUACUCAUAUGUUGAUCACCCGACUUUUUGAUCAGUAUGGAUCCCUCAGAUGCUCUCUCUGCCACAAGCACGCCAACAUUGGCUGGUUCUAUCGUUGCACUCAGGAUUCCAAUGGCACUCUGCCUGAGGCAAAUUUCAUUGGCAUAUCCCGUUCCCACACCAAGAAAUCACCAAGUCAGGAUGUCGCAUUACACACGCUUUCAAUUCCCAUCAUCAAGGCAAUUGGGGAGGGUCAGUACACUGAUGAACAGAUUAAGACCUUGAUUCAGCAAAAGGAGAACGUUCGCGCCAUCAUUCUCGCCCAGGAACCCAGACCUGCAACUGCCUCAACCGUCACAACCACUACAUCCUCAUCCUCCACUUCCUCCAAGUUCGAUAGCCUUUUCCUUCCUAAGAGUACCACUUUCUCCACCACUUCGACCGCUUCACUUGACGAAGAGAUUCGAAAGGCAUAUGACUGGGGCGAGCUGCAAAAGGUCUGGAUGUCCGAGUCCGCCGUGCCGAGCUUAGAAUCAUCCUCACCUAUCUUCACUCAAUCACGCCCUCCUUCUCAUAGCGUCUCAUCACCCCCGAAAGACUGCUCCUUUAUGAUCUGUCCGACUUGCCGUCCUGCCUACCGUGAACGAGCCUUUCAAUCUCUUGACGAAUUUCUGAACACGCCUGUGAAAAUCCCACCAAUCUGGGAGCUGACGAAUCGACCCAUAUCUGAUGCCCGUGUCCUGGCCAGACUUCAAGUACCUACCACCCAGGAUCGGUUCUAUUCACGUGCGGGCCAAAAUGCUGUUCAGUCCGUCUGCAGUUUCUUUACCACAAAUGAACACAUUCCCACUGCCACAGAAGAGUCAACGCCCGGGGACAAACACUCUGUUCGAAAGCGUGGGGGUUUCCGACAGACUGUGAGGAGAGUAUUGGCUCGUGCUCGUAGCGAGGAGUCUUCCACCGUUCAAGGAUUAAACAGUAAUGAAGAGACGAUCGCGUGCAAUCUGGAAGACUCAGGUUGCCCACGUCCAUACAUCUUCAGGCGUCCAAGAUCCCGCCCAACCCUCUCCUUCGUCGAAACUCAUGGUCAACUUGUCGACACCAGUGGCCUCCAGGAUUCAGUUAUGCUGGUGCUUGCCACCAAUACUCCAUUACCUCAUACACCAAGCCAUGCGAACACGUUCUUCGAUUCUGCUCGUACUGAACAUCACUCUCAACAUAUCCAGGACGGAAUGAAUUUGCACUUUUCAGACAUAAUUGCACAUUCUUGA